UACUACUUUUAGCUUAUGUUUAGUUAUAACUACUAGCUAGCUCUGGGCUAUAUGGGAAUUUAAAAGAGCUUGCUGCUUAUAUUCCCUUAUAAGCACACACACACACACACACACACACAUAUGUGUGUGUGUUAUAUAUGAUAGAUUUUACAUUUCUAACUAUACAACAUAUAUAAUUGUCCAUAAAGAACAAAUUGAGAAUAUACCAAAGUCUAUUAUCCAUAUCUAUAAUUUUUUUAAUCAAUAAAAUAUACUAUCUCUUUCAAUUCCACCUUUCUGCCCGUACUUAUUAAGGGGAAACACGUGGGAUUCUCUCUGGGGUAACGACAGUAAACUAUGAUUGAUUUUAUUCCACGAUCCGCAUUGGUUCAUGCUUGCUGCUGCAUCAGCCAAUCAGAGAGCAGGAAAAUAUUACGGCAUAACGGAGCAAGAGCACAAAGACACAACGGCGUCGUAAACGCGCAACAAGCGUAGACAUAUCAAAUUCAUAACGCGAUAAACAAACUUCCAAGUACAGCGAAUAAUCCUCAGAAUAGCGAUACUAGUUACAGAUUUACAGUCAGGAGUAAAACGGAGAUGACAACAAAACUAAAAAAAAAAUGCCACCACAGAGCCUUCUCAAAGAUGGCUCCGAGAAGGAAAGCACGGCGCAUGCCCAGAAGUCGUUCCGCGCAUGCGCACAAGCCGUCCUCCACCAAUUUGCGCCAACUCUGUGCAGAGGAUGUGGCGAUCAGGCAUUAUUUAUAUUCCACCCGCAUUCAAAGAGAUCCCGCCUUCUGUUACACGAUUGGCUGGUGUUUCUCGCAGACCGAUAGGUCUACUGGCUGUAUGAAUUAAACUUGAACCAGUUACAGCGCAGAAGACCGGAUCGUAUUAUCCAAUCAAAGCGAAGGAAGGCGGUGGUUUAGUCGAAAUACGGGUGCGGGAAAAAAAAUAACCCGCGAGCAUCACUGUUGUCGAGUUUGGAUGCAGCAGCGUUUAUUCAUGACAACAAUGAUCUCCGCCGUUAUCCGGGACGCUUUCACUGAGUAAACGGGCGUUUUUAAAGCUUCGGUCUGCAGCUAAAGCUUGGUUCUUUCCACCGGAGCUGAUGUUUUGUUUGUCGCAUCAUGGACGGGGGCGAUUUGGCGUCUUUAUCCCGCAUCUGUGCUCGCUACGAUCGGAGAAGGAGGAACAGGCGAUACCCAGGCUAGGCCUCAGCUAGGCCAAACACUGCGGCUUGCGGAUUUAUUUAUACAGACUGGCUUCUACCGCAUGACACCGAGACAGCUGUUUCUGGAGCUGUCCGAGAGCAGACACAUCUGUUUACUUGGAAAAUCACUGCAUUCUGGAAACCAACGGGUGUUCCGUUUCACCGGGACGUUAGAGAACUGUUAGCCCCGCUGCUAUUUAACACGGCUAAAUACUCAGCUAGCAUAACAUUGGCAUUGGGACGAACCGAGGAAUAUUUUUAAACUCGACUCGCUGAGGAUUGUUUACAUGCCUCGUGUGUUUCUCUGAAAGGAAACUCGGGUGUUUUAUUUUUUAUUUUUUGGAGCUAUAUAUAUAAAGAUCCCAGACGUUAUUUGUUUUUGCAAAGGUUACAGGACUCCCUCUUUAUAGGAACCUUUUAUAAUCGGCUAGCUGGAAUAGCUUAGCCUUAGCCCGAUCUGACGGCUAAACUCAGCUGGGUGAAUGUGGGAUAAAAUGGAGACCCCGACUAUAGUGUACGACCUGGACACCUCGGGCGGCCUCAUGGAGCAAAUCCAGACCUUGCUCGCGCCGCCGAAGUCGGAAGAAGGUGAGAAGCGCAGCCGGAAGUUGGAGAGGAGCAGCAGGAGAGCAGGGCGCGCGACCAACCACGACACCUGCGACAGCUGCCGAGAAGGAGGCGACCUGCUCUGCUGCGACCACUGUCCCGCCGCCUUCCACCUGCAGUGCUGUAACCCACCACUGAGCAGGGAAAUGCUCCCCCCUGGAGACUGGAUGUGCCAUCGCUGCACGGUUCGUAAGAAGAAGCGAGAGCAGAAGAAGGAGCAAAUCAACGGCCUCAUGCAGGCCAAGCAGACUCCGUCCCCCGCCGCCGAGCUGGACCUGGGCACCCUCCGUCUGGAUCCCACCGCCGUUGCUGGCACGGGCCUGCGUGCCGCCGUGGCCCAGGUGCGACUCUUGGAGAGGAGACCGAGCAGCCGUCCGGCCACGCCCACCUCCAACGCCUCUUCUACGGACACGCCCACACCCUCGGAGCACAACGAUGUUGAGGAGGACCUGUUGGACGUGGAGGACGAGGCGCAGGGCUCGGAGCCCGAGAGCGGGCCGGCCACGCUCAAGAGGCCCUUUGACUUGCUGAUUGCCGCCGCCAUGCAGAGGAACCCCACGCAGUUCCAACUACCCAAUGACCUCACCUGCACUACCGCACUUCCAGGAACCAGUAAAAAGAGGAGGAAAGAGGAGACGACAGGGAAGAACGUGAAGCGGCCGCAACACGAGCUGGACCACUACGGGCUCGUCCCGCUGCCAGUCAAAGUGUGCUACACCUGCACCAGGAGCUGUAGGCUGGCUCCGUUGAUCCAGUGCGAUUAUUGCCCCCUCCUGUUCCACAUGGACUGCCUGGACCCUCCGCUCACAGCCAUGCCCACGGGCAGAUGGAUGUGUCCCAAUCAUAUUGAGCACUUGGUGCUGAACCAGCGCAACCUGACUCUGAGCAACCGCUGCCAGCUGUUUGACCAGUUUCAAGACCGCAUAUCCCAGCAUGCCGUAAAAGUGGACUUCCUGCAGCGAAUACACCGUCAGCACCCUCCGACGCGAAGAGCGCCCCAUAGUCACGCCAAGAGAACAGUCAAGGUCCCAGAUGCCAUCAAGUCACAGUACCAGAAUCCACCCGUGAUGAUGCUGCCCGCAGGAAUCCGGGACGGUGAGCUGAUCUGCUCGGGUGCUUCUGAAGCCUCGCCGUCCAACCACUUAAGCAGCGACGAAGAGCAACAACAGUGGCUUAGGGACGUCAUCUCGCUUCAGUGUAGCAUCAUGCGGCAUUUGUCUGCCAAGCAGACGUCAUCCUCGCCAUGUGAAAAGACCGACGUUAAGGACCCCGGCUCCCUGAAUCUGCAUUGUUCCCGUAGCACGGACACGACGGCCUCGGGGAAAAUGCCGGAAUCCCUCAGCCUUAACUCGGAGGAGCACAGAGUGUGCAGCUCCUGCACUGAAAAACCCUGUCAGAAUUGUGGCACCAGUAAUGGUCCUGUAGAGCGGCCGGCCCACACCAACGGCAAACUCGGGCAGGCGUGUUCCACUGCCUCUGAGGACUCAAACGCACCACGCUCACACACCCCGUCUAUCGUGGCCCUACCUAAUCACGCCGGCCCUGCGCUGAUAAAGACUGAAGAAUUAAAGUCCUGUGCUGCUACAGAAUCCCUUCCUUCGGCUUGUGUUAAAUCGGAGCCCAGCCCCCCUCACGCUCAAAGGGCUUCCCCAAGGUUGCCAUCCUCUCAUGUGCCAGAUACCAGUACAAGCUGCCAGGUGUCUUCAGUGCCCUCUUCUGACGGAAAAUUCAGAGAUGAUGCUGCGGCACAAGGCAAAGGGUCCGACCUGUUAAAUUUGGGAGACUUGUCCAGCUGCUUAAAGAGCAUGAUGAAGGGAACUGGAGUUAAACAUGUUUUUCUUACAGAGAUCGAGCUGAACACGUUAGACGAGCGGUUCAUCAAACUCCUGGCGUGGCAGCGGAUCCAGCAGCUCUUAGAGCCGAAACCACUUCCUGUGCAGAGUGAUGCAAAGUUACCUGCGAUCCCCUCCGUCACGCAGCGAAGCCGGCACACUGAAGCGCAAAAUAAGGACGUACAGGCCCGAGCGACGUUUUAUCCUCUAUCCGGGAAGGGAGCGGCAGUCAGCAUGUGCUACAGAAGCCUUUACAUUGGAACUGGUGCGGACAUGGACGUGUGCCUUAUGAAUUACGGCCAUUGCAAUUAUGUGUCGGGAAAACACGCCUGCAUAUUUUACGAUGAGAAUACGAAGCAGUACGAGUUGCUGAACUACAGCGAGCACGGGACAACGGUGGACAACGUACUGUACUCCUGUGACUUCUCAGAGAAAACAGGGCCAAGUCCAUCCAGUGGCCUGGUGUCCAAAGUGCAGAGCAUCAUCCGUCGCUGUAAAAAGAGGAAGCAGGAAGAGGAGAAGGACGGGGAGCGCGGCGACGUUAGCGGAGUGAUGAGCAGCCAAGCCGAGGACUCGCAUCUCCGGCCGUGCAGCUGCAAGGCGAGCGGCUCCAGUCUGAUAGGGGGCAGUGGUGCGGGCUGGGAAGGCACAGCGCUCCUCCACCAUGGCAGCCACGUCAAGCUCGGCUGCCUGCAGUUCGUCUUCAGCAUCACCGAAUUCGCUAGCAAGCAGCCGAAAGAAGAAGAAGGAGGAGCGAGUAGCAUCGUGUGCAGCCCAAUCCAGCAGGGGGAGCCGCUGACUAAACCCACUGCCCAGAUCCACCAAGUGCCAGUGCUGCACCACAACCCCGUUCCUUAACCCCGUUCCCACCGCCGGUGCCACCGCGCCUCUUAACCAGCCUCCGAGCUCGGACUUGUACAAAACUACACGCUCUCUUUCAUAGUUAUUUAAUUGUUCACACAUUUGCAUGAGGUGAAGUCCCCCCCCCACCCUCUUUCGGAAGCUCCGAUUUUGUGGGAGAGUUACACAUAGAAACUAUUGUGUAUGUGUAAAUGCAACCAUGUUUUUAAAAGGGAUCGCGUUCUUGAAAUGCCACGAACCAACGAUCAAGCAAGAAGUUUCCACUUGUAAAGAAAUCAGAGCACGUUCUAUUUUGUGCCAGUAACAAUAGUUUUUAUAUAAACACUUUUUUUUUUUUUUUUUUUUUCCUCCUUCCAUAAGAAAGAACCUUUUUAUUUACUCAUUUUUAUUUAAAAUGUUCUGUAUUUGGAAGUAUAGUAACGUUCUGGUGUUCCCCUUUUCACUACCUUCGCUGUAGCCUCUUCGCGAUUCGGACGUGUGCUCGUACACAUGCGAAUAUGCUUACACGUUGUAUAUAUGUCUGUGUAUCCGUGUAAUUCACGUGUGAACAGCGGGGCAUACACACACACACACACACACACACACACACACACACACACACACACCACCAAUAUGAAAGGAAUCCAUUGUGUACAGAUCAUAAUGAGGGAAGCAGUGGGUUCUAUGUACAUAGAACUAUUCUGGCUUUUUAUAUUUGUACAGUGCUUCAUUUGGUUGAUGUUCUGUAGCUAUCAAAGUGUUAAGUCCUUUUUUUUUUUUUUUUCCCCGUUCAAUACUGUAGUCAUUAUGUACAUGUCUGUUUCCAAGAGAUUUCAUCAGAACAGUUUCAUGUACUCUGUUCUUACAAUUUUGACCAGUCUGUUAAACAAUGUAAAUAUCUAAAGAUUUUAAAUAACAUGCUUUAGAAACACCUUGGCUUGUGGUUUGUUCUUUUCAUAGCUAUAAAACAUGGCGGGGUAUAAAAUAUUCAUUUUUAUUCUAUAUAAUCCCGUUGAACUAUACUGUGCAUCAUAUUAGUUUGAUUGGGUAGCGGUGUCGCAAGAGUUGGGGUUUUCUUGCUAAAAUGGGCUUAUUUUAAAAUUACACCGCACCGUAAAAUGUAAAACCAAGUCGACUGGUAGAAAGGAUUCAUUAGAAAAAGGACCUCUGAGUCAAUAAAACACUCCCACUGAGUCAAUAAACAACCAACCAAUGAUAUCGCAGCAACAAGCAGCCGACUGAUUGUUGACUUUAGCGUGCAGUUGUCUUUUGUCAUUCAUAUAUAUAAUUAUUAGUGUUAGACUUUUUAAACCUUUUUAAUAAUAACACAACGUUUUGAAAUAGACCUGUGAGCUUUCACACAUUUGUACAAAGGUGUUGGAAGCCUUUUGUUUGUGUUAGGAUUUGUCUUCGUCAUAGAAAUAUCAAAUUCAGUGUAAAGGUGCAGUUUCGCCCCAAAACACACCCAGGCACUCGUAUAGGCUUGAUGGUGAGAAUGUGUGGCAAUGUAAUGACGUCGACGCCUACACCAGAUCCUAACCAUAACCCCUAACUCGUAUGGGCGGAACGACAUAUGUAGCCCCACCUAGAAGUGCAGCCCCGCCCCGUUCUUGACUAGUCUUUGCAACCUGUGUGUUGUUUGGUUCGCCACCAGAGGGCGCGCUGUACAAUACAUAAAUGUUAUAAAAUGUG